UAUACCAGUUUGUCCAGGACGGGGAGCCAAUGGCAUCACCGAGGGGGCGGAUUGAUGCGUAAAAUCAGGUAUAAAACCCACCUGUGCGCCUCCAUCACACCCAUCAACCUGAAGCUCUCUGUCAGCGUGAACUCUCUCUCUCAUCCCAGCAGACAUCAUGCCUUCAAACAGCUCAGCCAGCAUGUUCGGUGGAGCCGGUGGAAGAGGCUCCAGGGCGUCCGUGGCGAGCCUGGAGGGUCUGCGUAACGUGCUGCGCAACGAGACGGAAAGGGACUCCGCUCCAGCUCCGGUUGUACCACAGACUGCCGCUCCUACAGCAGCUCAGGCUCCUCCUGCCGCCCCUGCGGAUGACAAGCAGACACUGCGGGGUCUGAACGACCGGCUGUCGGGCUACCUGGGCAGGGUGAGGCAGCUGGAGAAGGAGAACGGAGACCUGCAGAAAGAGAUCGAUGACAUAUUGGCCAAGAGGAAGGCACCUGAGGGGCGCGACUGGGAUCAAGUUGAGAAACCUCUGGAUGACCUAAAGAAGCAGAUCAAAGACAUCACCAAGGACAAUGCCAAGCUGCUGCUGCAGAUUGACAACACCAAACUGGCCAUAGAUGACUUCAAGGACAAGCUGGAGGACGAGAAAAAGGCACGUAAGGAGCUGGAGAAAGACGUGGAUGCGCUGAAGAAGACCAACGAGGAGACCAAGCAGAACUGCAAGCAGACGCAGAAUGAGAUCGACAUGGUGAAGGAGGAGCUGGCUCGCCUCGAGCGGGAGCACAAAAAGGAGGUGGACGUCCUGCGUGAGAAGGUCAGGGACUCCGAUGUGAAUGUGGAGAUCGAAUCCCAGAACUCCAACCUGGCUGAGAUCAUCAACAAGAUCCGCAGGCAGUACGACAAACUAGCCAUGAAGAACCUGAAGGAGACCGAGGAGUGGUACCAGAGCAAGUUUGAGAACAUCAAGGUGGUGGAGGCUCAAAACACUGAGGUGUUGAUGUCUGGAAAGUCGGAUCUUAAGGAGCUGCUCAAAGAGAAACGCUGUCUGGAAGUUAAGAUCCAGGGUCUGCACAGCAUGAUCUACAAUCUGGAGGAAACCCUGAGGGGCACCCAGGUGGAGUAUGGUCAACGCCUGGCUCCCCUCAACAAGCUGAUCCGGGACCUGGAGAAGGAGCUGAAGGCGGUGAGGUCACAGGUGGAGCACCUCGUGGAGAACAACAAAAACCUGCUGUGCGUCAAGAUGAAGCUGGAGGCGGAGAUCGAGAACUACCGGAAACUGAUUCAGGGCAUGACGGCUGAUACUGAAAGCUUGGACCUUUCUUUAGAGGAUGCAUUGGACAGCGACCAACAAAAGCCUGACUCUAAGGCGCCGGAGCUGGAGGUAGUGAAAGAAGAAGCCGUGGUGAAGCAAGAAAGUGCCCCCUCCGACAAAUCCACCCCCUCCGACAAAUCCACCCCCUCAGACAAAUCCACCCCCUCCGACAAAUCCACCCCUGAAGGAGACGUCAUCAAGGCUGAGAAGGUCGCUGCAGAGAAGGCGGAGAAGAAAAGCUCCACUAAAACUAAAAAAGCCAAAAAUAAGAAAGGUUCAUCCUCUUCAUCAUCCUCAUCUUCCUCCUCCUCCUCCUCCUCUUCUUCCUCCUCUUCCUCUUCCUCUGAUGAUGAGAAAAAAGAUGAAAAGCCCAAAAAGAACAAAGAGGAGGAGGAGGAAGAGGCCAAAGCCUGAUCUUUAAUGUUUAAUCUUUCUGCUGUCUGUAUCAAACUGUUUAAGAAUGUUGACAAAGGUGUGCAAAAUAAAGACGUUUGAUUU